CCUCCAGCCACCGUGAGACGAGCAGCAAAAGCAGGCACCUGGAAAACGACACUGAAAAGCGGUUACUGAGAAGCGGAAAAAACGAGCUGGAAACUCACUAGAAUAUGCCAGGUUUAAGAAACCGUGACACAUGGGCUCCACUGCUGCUGAAGAGCUCUCAUAUUACGUCUUGUGCCAAUGGCUACUCGCUGGGAAUAACAGCAUGUUUGACAUAUGUUAACACUGACCCAAAACCUGUGGAAGGAGUGUUUCUGUACCCACUGAGUGAGCAGGAAGUGGUGGUGGGAUUUGAGGCAGUUAUUUCUGGAAGGCUUCUGAGUGUGGAGGUCCAGAGUCGAGGGUAUCUGGAAGACUGCUGCCCUGACUGCUGCCCAGGGCCAGGAAUUCGUGGGAAAGAGUGGGCCUGCUGUGGUGGGACAGGUUAUGACAUACAGUGUUCCAACGGUCAUCUGCUGCUGGAUGAAGAUCUGGAGAGGACCAACUUCAUCACAGGCAUAGGGAUCAUUUCUCCCAUGGAGGUGGUGUCUAUUGUCAUCAGUACCACCCUGGAACUUUCCACUUUAAAAAAUGGAGCUAUACAUCUGAUAUACCCUACAGUGCUCACACCCAUUGUAAGAGGUGUAAAAGAAGGGAGAUCAAAUGAAACAAGUGCAACAAGGUGUUUUAAGGGUGUUUCUGGUAAGCAGGAGAAGAUGCUGGAAAUGAAUGAGCAUUGCAUUCAUUCACUAUUUUCUAGCCCUGCAACUAACCUCACCCCCUAUGAGCUCAACUUCCAGCUGCUGGUUCGAGGGGCUUGUCUACUCGCAGGUCUAGAGAGCCCAACCCAUGCACUACGGGCAGAUGCAGACCCCAGUGCCCAGUCUGCCUCUGCUACUUACAUCACCCUUGCGGAGGAACACCUGUAUGACCGGCACUUGGAAAUAAUCCUCCAUCUGAGCGAGCCUCAUAAUCCUUUGGUCAUUUUGGAGAGGGGCCGGCUUGACUUCAACCAGUAUGAGCAGCAAAUCAGUGCUCGCCCUGAUUUCAUUCGUCGUGUCCAUAAAGAAGCAGAACCUGAGAAAAAACUGGAGUAUGUGAGAAAGCGUUACCACAAGGAUGUGCUGAAUAAUCCAGUGCUGAUGUUGAACUUUUGUCCGGAUUUGCUGUAUGAGCCUCCUGCGCUCCAGCAGGCAACACGAGAGGUUCUGUUCCUCAUCAACUGCAGCAGGAACAUACCACAACACAGCAUCAAUAAGAUCAAGGAAGGUAUGUUGGUGGCCAUUAAGAGCCUUCCUAGUAGCACUAUGGUAAAUAUCAUUGGCUUUGGCUCCAUCAUAAAGCCUUUAUAUGCCUCCAGCAAGCCCUGCACUGAUAUUAUUAUGGCCCAGGUAUUAGAUUAUGUGCAGAGGUUGCAUGUGGAUCAGGGUGGCAGUAAUCUGUUGAGGGCACUCUCCUGGGUGUACCAUCAACCUACUCAUCGUAGCUGUCCUCGACAGCUCUUCAUCCUCACUGAUGACUCACUCAGUAACGUCGGUCAAGUUCUAGAACUAGUCAGGAGGAACACUAGUAAUGCCAGAUGUUUUGCACUGGGACUUGGCUCAAGGGCCUGCAGGAGGCUCCUUCACGGUGUUGCCAAGCUGACUGGAGGAAGAGCAGAAUUUCUCUGUGAUGAUGAGAGGCUGCUGCCAAAGUUGAUGAAGUGUCUGAAGAAGGCUCUGGAACCUGCACUGACAGAUGUGCGCAUUGACUGGUAUGUGCCAGAGAACAUGGAGGCUCUUCUCUCACCUAAUGAGAUCCCUACACUCUAUCCAGGGAGCCGUUUGAUUGGCUACUGCACUCUCUAUGAUGUCUCCACUUACAAGGUUAAGAAGAAUGAUGUGAAGAAUCCGGCCAACAGGCUCUUGCCACAUGGUUCGUUUGGGUCAGUGUUUGAGGUCUCUCCUGGAUCAUCUGAUCUGGCUGGGAGAGAGGGAAGAACAGAACUAGGACAUGAAGAGGACACUGAACAUACGCUAAGAGCAUACUCGCAAGAAAUCUCCUCUGAGUUUUCUUGUGCUCCUGUCACAGACAACACUGCCACUGAUGCCUACACAUCAAGUGAUGUGCGAUGGCGAAUGGAGCAGACAUCAUAUGUGCAGGAACAAUACACAUUAACGCGGUGCUCUCUGGGCAGUGAGAAGUGUGUGUUUCCCUUCUUCACUCCACUAGCCGAGUGCCUCUCUUUGGGCUUGGACACUGCAUCACUUCCUCAUGGCCUGGAUAGAGUGCAGCCUCAACACAGCCAUAGUCUCACAUGCUGGGACACAUCAUGGAAACAAAACAUCACCUCAGUGGAGGCAGAUCCUGGAAAGGCUAGGCCGCUGUUAGAUGGUGAGGGCUGUGUGCUCAGACAGAAGAUUUUAGCCCGUGCUGCACUGGCUGGCCGCAGUUUUUCCUCACCACAGGGUGAUUUGGACAUGCACCGACUGCGAAAGGCACUGGAGAGAGUCUCAUUUGAGCAGGCAAUGGGAGGCAGACUGGAGGAGAGUGAUACAGAGACAGAAAACAUUCAGCAAGGAGCUCUGUCUCUCAGAGACUCCAAUGGUUUUCUCUUCCCAACUUCACCGUUGGACUGGGAUGGUUUCACUGAUCCUGAAUCCAUAUUUGCAGCUGCUCCUGUUAUGCAGGUGCCAUGCCGGUCGGUGAUCCAUGGCCUGCUGGGAUCAAAGCCUAUGUCCUGGGAGGUAAGCAUGGAUCUUUGUGUCCUCUGGAGUCCUGAAGAAGCACCAAGAGACACCUGGGAUGAGAUUGUCCACCAUCUUGCUGCCCGUUCUGUCAUCCUUGAUUUCGAGAACAUGGCAGAGAAGCAGAAAGACAUAGAGCAUGGUUCGUCAAAGCGAUACCGAAUGAAAGCCAUCCAGACUAGCAAGAGCUGUGGAAUCAUCUCCAUGUAUACAACCUUCAGUACUACUGAUGUCAGCCCCAGGAAAAUGUUUUCAAAAUCUGCAGACAUACGACACACGGGUGUGCGUCUUAGGAGUAGACACAACCCUGGUAGCAGGAGCCAGAGGGCAUACUCUUUUGGUUGCAGACCAUCCACGAGAGACAGUCAGGAAACAGAUGCCUCACACAACUCUACAGACAGAGAAAACAUUUUAUGUUCUUCACACAGUCUGGUAUCUUUGGACAGCAUUUUAGGUCCUGGUAGUCCAUCUGAUGCCUCAUCCCAUUCUCAACGUUCAUCUGAAAGCAGGACCUCGGAGAGUUUCUUCAGCUCCAGAUUUAAUCUAGGCAGACUGAGGCCUAGCCACACCUCAGGGAGGCAACCUCCUCUUCAACCUCAUUGCUUGUUUGCUGAAUCUGAAACACAGAAAGACUUCCAGUCUCCUGGCUACCUGACUCUGUUGCAUUUGCAGCUUGCUUCGGGUGCCUUCCUGCUGUCUGAGUCAUUUUCUGAGUGCAUUCACAUCCCACUGGAUCGUCUAAAACGAGCAUCACCUUACCUGAUCCACCGCAGAAGCUUGAGCCCCCUAUACCACUCGGUCUCUUCCUCCAAAACUCACCCAAUUGCCUCCCACAGGCCAGGUGAACAGAGUAUCACAUGCCCUCCUCAUGCUAGCUCAGGCCAAACAUAUUCUAAUGAAUCCUUCAAUGUUCUUCCACAACCCUUCAGCUCAGAAAAGGGCUCUGUAGAAGUUAUGGAGGGACACCCACAGGGUGACAGUGGGCGUGGCUCUGAAACAGACAUGUGUGAGGAGACAGAACCACAGGGGGAAGUGCAGGCACAGCUGGAUAUGGAGAGUUCCAGCUGGGCAACGUCUGUGGCUUUAGCGUGGCUUGAGCAUCACUGUGCUGGCUUUUUUGUUGAAUGGGAGCUUGUGGCAGCCAAGGCAGACUUCUGGCUCAAAUGUCAGUCACUACCAGAGAGUGUAGACCUGCCAGGGUUGAAGGCCGCCGCUAGACAGUUGUUCCUACUGCUGCGCCACUGGGAUGAAAAUCUACAGCUUAACAUGCUCUGCUACAACCCAAAUACCAUGUAACAGAACCAAUUUAAUCCCAUUCAGCAUGUACUGCUACAACUAACUGUGAUCGAAUGUUUAAUUGCACAAAAUGUUCUAUAUUUAUGAAUUACAACAAAGGUUCUUGUCAGAACUUGUAAUGAAAAUGUAAUAAUCACCAUAUGGUUUUUAUAUUUCCUUUGGUACAGUGCAGCUAGUAUGUGACAACCUCCAACUGUACAUAUCCUUAAAAAUCCAAUUAUCUUGGACUGUAAAGAAAAAUAAAACUUGGAAAAGGCUCUAAUCAAAAUCCUGUAUCUUUAUUUUUAGUCCAACAAUACAAACCAGAAAAUAGUUUGAUUCUAUAUUACUGCAAGGAAUUAAACUUGACUUUUCCUUCUGUCGCUUUUUCUUACUGCUGGAAACUUGAUUCAAAUCUGAAAAUCGUUGCAAUAAA